AUGAAGUUGGAUAUGAGUAAAGCCUAUGACAGAGUAGAAUGGAAGUUUAUCGAGAAAAUGAUGUUAAAAAUGGGUUUCAAGACCGAAUGGGUGAAUAUUGUCUUGAAAUGUGUUUCAUCUGUUCGUUAUUCAUUCCAAAUCAAUGACUCUAUUCAUGGUGAAGUGGUGCCAACGAGGGGUUUAAGACAAGGAGAUCCACUUUCUCCCUAUCUUUUCUUAAUAUGUGCGGAGGGACUCUCCUCGCUAAUAAAGCAGGCAGAAUCAAAGAAAGAAAUUUUUGGGCUGAAAGUUGCAAGAGAGGCUCCCAGCAUAAGCCAUCUAUUCUUUGCCGAUGAUAGUCUACUCUUCUUAGAUGCAAACGAGGGUUCUUUGCAUACAAUUCAACAAAUUUUUGCAUUAUAUUCGCGUUGCUCAGGACAGGUUAUAAACUUUAACAAAUCUAUUCUGUAUUUUUCAUCAAAUACUCCUGAGGAAACAAGGAAACUCUUUGCAGAAGCAUUGAAUAUGAGAAUAACAGAGGCUAUAGAAAAGUAUUUGGGUCUCCCCAUGAUAGGAGGGAAAAACAAAAAUGCAAUUUUCAGACCAAUUAAGGAUAAAAUAUGGAAAAAGCUAAAUGAAUAUCAAGCCAAACUAUUCUCACAAGGGGGUAAAGAGAUUCUAGUGAAAGCAGUUUUCCAAGCAAUGCCUACUUAUCAAAUGGCAUGCUUUAAAAUUCCGGACGGCAUUGGAGAAGAGAUAGAAAGAUUAAUAGCACGUUAUUGGUGGGGCUCAGCUGAUAAUAAGCAAAAAGUCCAUUGGAGGGCCUGGCAUAAGAUUUGUAAACCAAAGACUGAUGGCGGUUUGGGUUUUAGACGUUUUAGUCAGUAUAAUCAAGCUCUUUUGGCCAAGCAAGCAUGGCGCAUAUUAAUGAACCCAUCAUCAAUUCUGGCACAAGUUAUGAAAGCAAGAUAUUUUAGAUUAUCUAACAUCCUAGAGGCAGACAAGGGUUCCUAUCCAUCAUCAACGUGGCAAGGAAUCUUAUGGGGAAGAGAUCUAUUAUUAAAAGGGCUACAACGAAGUAUUGGCAAUGGUAUGAAUACCAGGACCUUUAGAGAUCCUUGGUUGCCCAGACCUCCUUCGUUUAUUCCAAGUUCGCGCCCUGCGUAUGAGGUGGCAAGAGUGUCAGAUAUUAUCGAGUCUCCAGGAAAAUGGAAUAAUGAGGUAGUCAAUCAAUAUUUCAAUGUAGCUGACGCAGAAUGUAUUCUUUCCAUACCUUUAAGCUUGUUUAAUCAUGAGGACUCAUGGUUCUGGCACUAUACAAAUCAUGGUAGUUACUUUGUGGGGAGUGGGUACAAUCUUGCAAUGACUGUAGAUAAGUUUCAACCUUCUUCUGCUAGUGAUGUGUUCUCAUUGUGGUGGAAACAAUUCUGGGGGUUGAAAAUCCCAUGGAAAAUUUUACACUUUGCGUGGAGGGGUUAUCACGAGAUUCUACCAACGCGAAAUGGGUUGUUUAGACGAAAUAUCGCAUCCAGCACCUCUUGCCAGUUGUGUGGGUUCGGAGGAGAGUCGAAUGCUCAUGCAAUUUUCUGGAGUCCUGUUGCACAAGGCAUUUGGAAUCUUAUGGAAUUUUCUUUUCUACAUGAAGUAAAAGAAGAGAUUCAUUUUAAGAAUGUUUUACUUUAUGCUUCUGAGGUAGUGGACAGAGAAGCUUUUGCAAAAUUCAUUAUCUGUUCGUGGGCAAUAUGGACUGAAAGGAAUAAGAUUACUCAUGGUCAACAAAUAAGACAACCACAGUUUGUGGUUGAGUGGAUAAGUAGUUUUUACGAGUCGAUUCUUUCAAUGAAGGAGGGCCCCAAAAAAAGUUCCCAAACUAAUGGAAGAAAUAGGGAAGCGUCAGCUGGAAGUUCUACAAAUGCUCAAGAACAGAGGUUAUACUCUAAACUUAUGGUGGAUGCAGCUGUAUUGAGCACCACGAGUAUAGUUGGAUUAGGUGCGGUGGUAUUCUCAGAAGAUAAUAGAGUUCACGCUGCGUUAAGUAAACCACUCAAAGGUGGAAUCUCAGUGUUACAAGCUGAAACGUUAGCCCUGUUGGUUGGUCUUAAUUGGGCUCAUGUGUGUGGUCUUCAAAUUCAUGCAGUUUAUUCAGAUUCGUUAGCUUUGGUGACGGCCAUUAACAAAGGGAAGAAGUAUUUCAACGAGCUAGGAGCAUUUUUUGUCCCAUGUGGCUCGCUCUGA